GUGUCGAUAGCCGAUGAUAGAACCGCGGUUGUAUAAAAUGAAUUUGAUUGCGACAUUAAAAGUGGAAUUCAUUAAACUAGAUGGGAGAUGUUUCCACUAGAGAUGGGAGUGCUCGUGUGCAAAAAUAUCUGACUUUGCAGGGAGACACAUCUAUAAAUAUUUUUGAUAUCACAGGAGAAAGAACGGGGAUUUUCCACGUCAUACAGACCUUGGAAUCAUUCUUUUACGGAAAUGUGGAUGCAUUGAGGGGAUUUUAGACUGUCAGAGAAUGACAACUGCAUUUAAGAAUUGCAUGGCAGGAUUGAUACUCAUGUCCACGUCUCGAGUGCUAAAGUGGGGAGAAAACUGUGUGUAAAUAUUUUUCAAUCAGCCUAUGGAUACGACAAAGUGCAGUCGAGUGUGGCUUCAAGUGGUGCAUGUGGAUUCGAUUGGAUCACGUAACUAAACGUUUGGAAAAUAGAAAGAAGAACUCGAAGGAGAAAAUCAUUCCACUGGAAAAAAAUAUCGAGGGGAGACAGAAUGUCUGACAUUAAUGCGGAAAUUUUGAGGAUGAAGAAUGGAGAGAAUCUGGAGAAAAACCAACUGUACAAUAAGAACGAUGGGUCGAUAAAUCUUGAGAAACCUUUGAUAGACGCUAAAAAAAUUGAUGACGCCAAUGACAUCGAGAAAAUGUACGAAUCGAUGUUGUUGGCGCACGAUAAUUCAACAAAAGCUCAUGAAAAAACUGAGAUAUUCGAGGAUGCGCUGAAUGAACCGUUGAACUUGAACACGGAUGAGAAACACGAUGAGGAGGAACUCGACCUGGACCUGGAGGAACCACCACCGCCGGAGGUGUUGGAGUAUGCAAGACGAGAGCUGGGUGAAACGGACGAGGUCAAGUGUCAGACGCUCGACGAGCUACGCGACAUGAUUUACGAGAGAGGUGAGUGCAGCCCACAUCGGAUGGAUGACGCUUUUCUCAUCAGGUUCCUUCGGGCGCGUAAUUUCAAUGUUAAUCGAGCUCAUCGAUUGAUUGUCAGAUACUAUAACUUCAAGGAGGAACAUCCAGCGAUUCAUGAGAAUGUCGAUCCCCUCAAGAUGCGUCACAUUGGAGACGACGAUGUCAUGACAGUGCCUGGAUACAGGACCGAGUGUGGACGCAGGAUGAUGAUCUACAGGAUGGGAAAUUGGGAUCCCAAGAAGUACGGGGUAGAGGAGAUUUUUAAGGCAACUGUUAUAAUCCUUGAACUCGGGGCCUUGGAGCCACGCGCACAGAUACUCGGGGGAUUUGUGAUAUUCGACCUUCGUGAUAUCACUAUGACUCAUGCGUGGACUAUGACCCCGCAGAUUGCAAACAUGGUGAUAGCACUUAUGGUGACAUCGUUCCCCAUGAAGACACACGCAAUUCACAUACUCCAUCAGUCCUGGGUAUUUGAUGUGAUAUAUUCAGUCUUCAAACCAUUAUUAAGCAAAGAAAUGCAGGAGCGUGUUUUUUUCCACGGUGAUGACAUGUCAAGUCUUCACAAACACAUCAAACCAACGAGCCUUCCCAAGAUGUAUGGCGGCACGAGAGAGGAAUUGCCGUAUUACAAGUGGAUAGAUUCACUCAGCAAGAAACCAAAAAUCAUCAAGCCCAUGCAUGAAAUCGGCUACAUACUCACGGAUGAGCAGUUGGCGAUGAUUAAAAAUUGGUGAUUUCUCGAAUUCAAUUUUAAUUUAAUUACUCCGGUAGAUUGAUCUAGUUAAUCAGUAACAGGCACCGAACAAAGGGGACGCACAUUAUCCCUAGUUAUUUAUUAGUAGGUAAAUCAAGAAGGAAUCAAAUUUUCAUACUUUUCAAUACAUUUUUAACAGCAGUUGUAUUUUUUUAUUUUUCUACUCGAAAUUUACUAGCUUAUCGGAUACUUCGUCAUGAAAGAGUGAAUGUUGGUGCAUUGGGGAUUUUUUUUCAUGGUUAGAAUAUAGAAAAAUAGUUUUUUAAAUUUAUAAUAAAUAAUAGCAAGCGAGAAAGCUAAUAUUUUUACUGUAACUUUUUUUUUCUCCUUUCGAGAGUGAAGGGUGCGCCAAUAACUGAUCAAGCUCUCAUUAGAGAACAAUUUUCAAUUUUUUUCCGCCUAUAAAUUCAUCACAUUUAUUAUAAGGAUGUUAUCAUCACCGAAAUAAUGUGUGCACAAUUGAGAAUUAUAUUUUUUCUUCAAUUUGAUCAAUAAUAAAAAAUAUGAGAUUGUGAAAAUAUUCA